AUGAGCGGAGGGAUGGGCGGCGGAAUGGGGGGUAUGGGCGGCAUGGGCGGCAUGGGCGGGGGCAUGAUGGACAUCCACGGCAUGCUCAACAUCGACUACGCCCCCGCCUCCUCCGCCUCCGCCUCCUCCGCCUCCGCCUGCUCUUCCUCCCACGCCGGCAAGCACCAGGAGGAGAGCUUCUACGAGCUGUCCUCCGAGCCGGGCGUGUAUGAUUCCGCUAAUGCCGGGUGGGGGAUUGGCGGGAUUGGGGGGCAUCACCAGCAGGGCCAGGUGCAUGAGCAGGUGCAGAUGCAUCAGCAUGGAGGACAUGGAGGACAUGGGGGGCACGGGUUCGGCCAGGAGUACUCGACGUAUGUGCUCUGA